UAUUAUUAUUUUUUUAUUAAACGCCGAUUUGCGCUAUUCCCCGCCAACCAGCAAACUAAUCCCACCAUACCGACUUCUACUUUAGUACCAACAAUAAAUAAAACAUUAUCAAGAGUUACUACUCGGUGAUGAUAGUAUAGGCGCACUACUAGAUAUCUUGUUUCCUUUACCCUAAGACCUCUCUUUAUCAUGGCCGACGUACACGACGAUCCGGAUUCGGUGCCCGCGACGCCUGAUGAGCUGAUCGAUAGGGAUGGCAUGGGCAGCCCCGGUUCACCUAGCUCUAUUAACUCUUCAGAAGCAAGUACACCUCUCGAGACUCCCAACGAAAUUAACCCCGAGGUACCUAAGAGAAUGCCGUCGUUGCGCUCCGUUUCCGAUCCCCAAAACCCGGCCCAUCCAAUGUCUGCUUCCUCUACUCACCUAGGCGUUUUGUCCAAUGCAAGGCGCCCCGGUGCUGCUACGCAUAUGUCGAGUGGACGCCUACCUGAAGACCUUAACGCAAAAAUGCGAGCUUUCCACCUGUCGCGCCAGGGUAGUUCUCCUCUAAAUUCGCAGCAGGCCACACCACCUAGCGGGCCUUCCCCAGGCGGUCCAACAAUAGCCGGCCUACCUGGGCGCCUUCAAAUGUCUGGAAGUUUACAGAGACCCGGCGCGCCCUCGUUUCCAAAAUCAGCCCCUUCGGUACCCUCGGCAGGUGGUGGUUUAGCAGGCAAGAGGCGGUUUGGUUUUAAGCUUGGGGAUAUGGGCGGAGCUCCGCCUGCUUCACCCGUAUCCGGCGGUGUCAAUACCGGCCCCCAAACGAUGCCCAUUCAAAACGGGAAUGCCCACAUGUCACAAAUGAAGCAAUUCGAGGAGUAUAUCGACUCUGAAAAAGGAUACCUAACAUUUAAGGGUAAAGCGAUUAUUACUAACAAGGGAGUCAACUUCUCGGACGGAUCCGUGUUUAGAAUAUCGCUCGACGAAGUAGAGAAGCUCGAUGAGCUAGGGAAAGGUAAUUAUGGCACAGUUUACAAGGUGAGGCAUACGAAACCGAGGGUUCCGCGCUUCGGUCCUGGCCUCUCUGGAUUCAAAACUGCUUCCUUGCCAGGUGUUCCUACGGGCACGCAAGACAAGGUAGACGCCGAGACUAAAGUUGGGUCUACUACCGGUAUGGUCAUGGCUAUGAAGGAGAUUCGCCUAGAAUUGGACGAGGCAAAGUUGACAACCAUAUUGAAGGAAUUGGUAAUCUUGCACGAAUGCGCAUCCCCAUACAUUAUCGAAUUUUUCGGAGCUUUCUUCCAAGAAAGCGCAGUGUAUAUGUGUCUCGAAUAUAUGGAUGGAGGUUCUAUCGACAAACUCUACUCGGGAGGAAUUCCGGAAAAUGUGCUUCGUAAAAUUACGUACUGCACUGUAAUGGGCCUCAAGGAGCUGAAGGAUAAGCACAACAUCAUCCACCGCGACGUCAAGCCCACGAAUAUCCUCAUAAACACCCGAGGGCAAGUAAAAAUCUGCGAUUUUGGUGUAAGUGGUAAUCUGGUGGCAAGCAUCGCCAAAACCAACAUCGGAUGUCAAAGUUACAUGGCACCCGAGCGAAUCUCUGGCGGAGCAUUUAUGCAUGCCGGUGCGGGAGAUGGCACAUAUAGCGUACAAAGCGAUAUAUGGAGUUUAGGCCUGACAAUCAUCGAAUGUGGUAUGGGGAAAUACCCCUAUCCUCCAGAAGUAUCCUCAACAAUAUUCAGCCAGCUCAGUGCAAUCGUCGAAGGAGAUCCUCCCGAUUUACCGGAUCGAUAUUCUGAAGCUGCGCGAAUAUUCGUUCACGGCUGUCUCAACAAGGUGCCUAAGCUUAGGCCGACAUAUCAGGCACUACUAGCUUCCGAGUGGAUUGAAGACUUGACGAAGCCGGAGACCAUCGCAGAAGAAGAUGAGGAGGUAGAAGAGAAUGAUGUUAGCGCCGAAGCGGUUGCCGGCGCGGCUGAGAAAUUGGACCUCAGCCAUUCAAGCACCGAUGACGCGGAAGUCGCCGCAUGGGUUAAUGGAGUAUUGGAAAAGAAGGAAAGUGGACAGUAUGGCGAGGCAGAAGGGCAACCAGCGCUCCACCACGCCCCUCUUGAUGCCGUGAGCCCGUUAACCAGUCCACAAAUUGGGAAAUAGAAAUGGCAUGGUACUUCGCGAAGGCAAUUCCCAUUAGAUCACAAACAGCGAAGGGUAGAAUUUUCUCGCGAUAUGGUGGAGCAGGCCCUC